ACACGGGGUUAGGUGCAUAUUUUGUCCAGCAGCGUGAAGUGUGACUCGAAGUUCUCAGUCAGCGGAAACUGCUUGAGAGUUUGAAAUUGUUCGGUAACGCCCUGCAGAGAGAGAGAGAGAGAGAGAGCGAGCGAGCAAGCAAGCCAGCAGCGAGUAGGGAUAGAAGCGAGGAGGUAAGUCUUAUUAUCCGGCACAUGCUCCCCAGGGAAGGACGCUUGCUACCUGAACUUCUAACAAUUGGAAUCAGGACCGCUGGAUUCUGGAAUGUUGAAAGAUGGCACUGGCUGGCAUCGAUGCGUCGUGGGAGCUGAAGAUUGAGGUGGAAGAAUUGGGUCCCGAAGCAGAUCCUAUCACGCUGAGGGUGACAGGGGACAUGCACAUCGGUGGAGUCAUCCUGCAACUGGUGGAAAAAAUUGAGAUUAAGAAGAACUGGUCGGACCAUGGGCUGUGGUGGGAACAGAAAAGACGCUGGGUCCUGAAAACGAACUGGACGCUGGACAAGUGCGGCAUCCAGGCCGAUGCCAAGCUCAUUUUCACCCCUCAACACAAAUCCAUACGACUCCAGCUCCCCAACCUGAAGACAGUGAAGUUGAAAGCCAGUUUCUCCAGCCCUGUCUUCAGGUCCAUCAUUGGCAUCUGCAAAAUACUCAAUAUCCGGCAUCCUGAGGAGCUGUCGCUUCUGAAACCACUGGACGAUCCUAACCAGAAGAGGAAGAAGAAGGAGAAGGACAAUGAGCCGGAGGAGGAGGUGGUGGAUCUGGAAAGUCUCGUGAUACCUCGAGGGAUACAGAAUCAGAGUUAUAACCAGCCGAUCGGAGUCCAUUACAUGAGGGAUACUCCUGAGGGAGAGGCUGGUUAUCGGAUCCUGGCCAUCACUCAGCCCGGUAUGUCCCCGGAACUCAUUGCAAAGAUGAACCGGCCGAGCACACUGAUUGACAAGGCUCAGGUCCACAGCAGAUGGCUUGACUCCUCUCGCUCGCUGAUGUCGCAGGAGAUUAAAGAGAAUGACAAGUUGCUGAUUCGUUUCAAAUAUUUCAGCUUCUUUGACCUGGAUCCCAAGUACGAUGUGGUCCGGAUAAACCAGCUGUAUGAACAGGCUCGAUGGGCUGUCCUCCUCGAGGAGAUCGAGUGUACAGAAGAGGAAAUGAUGAUGUUCGCAGCUCUGCAGUAUCACAUAAACAAACGUUCGCAGUCGGGGGAAACUGAGGAAGUUCACAAGGACUCGGAGCUGGAUGAAGUAGAAGCUGCUCUGUCUACACUGGAGGUUAAACUGGAGGGAUCAAACCCAAAUGAUGUAUUGGACAGCAUAACCUCGAUUCCAGAGCUCAGAGACAACCUCAAAAUCUUCAGGCCCAAGAAACUGACGUUGAAAGCCUAUAAACAAUAUUGGUUCAUUUUCAAGGAAAUGACCAUCUCCUGUUACAAGAACCAGGAGGCGUUUGGGGAACCCAUCCAGCAGAUGAACCUGAAGGGUGAGGAAUUCCGCGAGCGUCAGGCGGGGGUGGGGCAGGUGGACGGGG